GUCAGUGGGUUCAGCACUCAAGGCUGCCCGUCUCAAGGACACAAAAACAAAUUAAAUGUCGGUUUCGUCAUUUGUUGUCGCGUGAUGCGUCAUUUUAUUCUGCCGCCGCGGAACAGGCACUGUAAGCAUUUGAAAAGUUUCAAAUUUCAAAUCAAGCGUCUCUGUCCAUAUGCGCCAUCCUGUUCAAACUUCCUAGUGCAGGGUAGUUGACAUUUGACAAAAAGGGAGCAAAUGUACUCCGGGAUCGCUACGUGUUCCCUCGGACAGUAAAUUGAAGAUGUAGCAGGUGGCCGUGUGUCUCUAGUUCAGUUACGAGGAGUACUUGACAUGUCCGUGUACCGCAGCAGCAACUUUCUCUUUGCUUUGACCUCACUCUUCGGUUAGCUAGACAGUAGACAUGAGUCGGCAGCCCAACAUCCAACAAUAGGUAGAUGCACCAUCACCGAACGUGCCGGGGCAUCUGAGCAGCCUAAUCGCCCUGUAAUGAUAGAAGCUUAGCUAGGCUGUUGUACGAGUAAAUUGUUACCAUCGCUAUGUUCCGUUACUGAUGCUGUCUAGCAUUACAAGCAACGUUUCACUUUUCCUGACCUGCCUUGCCUUGAAUUGCACCCAACCCUCCGUUGGAGCCAUAGUAACCGCAGAUUUCUGGAACAACUUUGAAGUUUGGAUCAGGAUUAGACAUUAGCUUAGGCCAGUAACAGCUACUAGACGUGCCAGGAAAACGAACAAAACCCCAGAGAUGUCAGCGCAGAAAGGUUAGCCGCUGACAGGGCUGUCACCUACGCAUCACGCAAGCCGAGUCACAUGCAAAGAAACAAACAAGAACAGUCAUGAGACGUCGCUUCCUAUCUGCAACAGCCAACAGUGCCAAGAGAAGCCUGCAGAGAGCGUCCCCACAAGUCCACUCCUGGCGUCCUCUUCUCUCUCCCCCUCCUGGCCUCCACUCCGUUCUCCAGUCGCCCGGUUCCAACACUUGGAUCAUCUGCCUCUUGCUCUGGUUCACUACACCAGUUCUUAUUUUGCUCUGGUCCUCUAUUUUGUUUGCUGUACCAAAAGUAUGUGCGGGAGUGAGGAGGCAUCCGAGAUUCAAAGGGAGGACAUGCAUUCCGGUACAAGGAGAGAGGAGAAUUGAGUUUGAAUUCUUCUUGCGGGCGUGGAGACAUGAAGAACGGCAGCGGCGGCGCCUCCGCGCCCAACGCCGGCGGCGGCAGCCUGGCGAUCACCGAGCGGCAGAAGCCGGCGCCGUCGUGCGUGGCGGCGCUGUUCCAGAUGUUCGCCAGGAGGAAGCUCUUCUCCUCGUCCUCAAAGAAGAACAAACUGCUCCCCUCAGUGCGCGCACAGAAGUUCUCGCCUGGGAGACCGGUGAGCGGCGGCGAGAAGACGGAGGCGGCCAAGAUGAGGCCCCUUUUGCUUGAUUCUGCAGAGUACUCAAGGAGCAAAGUUGAAAGCAAUGGCACCAGUCACUACCCACAGUCUGGCCAAGACAGAAACUGCGGUGAGAAUGAAAUGUGUGCUCCCGGAGUGGUAGCCCGGCUGAUGGGUCUCAGCUCGAUGCCGGCUGUGAACCAUCUACGGCCGACCAAAGCCACAGACUCCACCGAGCUCGGUGACCACUGGAAUUCAUGCCCUCAAGAUUGGUCCGGUACAUCUCGGAGCAUAUACACACCACCUCAGAAGCAACAGAAGACAGGGCAGGUCAUAGAUGAUCGGCGGCAGGACAAUGGAAGUCAGUUCAAUGCUCCAGAUACACGGCCAUUGUGGCCACGACGGCAUGUACACAAGGUGGCCUCACCUAUUAAGAGCCCAAGGUCGAUGUCCAGCAGGAACAAGGCUCGGCUGAUUGAAGCAGCAGUCAAGGUUCUGGAACCUGGGUUGCAGUCAAGAACUCGCCGUUUCUCACGGCGACAUGCAUAUUUGGAGUAUUCAUGCAGCAGUGAUGAUGGUGUGCCCGGUGGUGCUGCUGUUUUGCAUAAUUUGUCUGAUCAAUUCUUAAGGGAUAUGUCUGAUGUCGAUGCACAAAGAUUAGGUGCUCACAACAUGGGAGCUACAUCUCAGCACAACUCGACUUCUAAUAAGUGGAUUGAAGAGGAUACUAGCAGAAAGAGUUUUCUGCUUAGGAGGUCAGACCAGAAUGUACCAUGUCAAAUGCAACAUGAAGGAAAUGGCAAGUACUUGCUCACUAGCUCGAGUGAGAACCCUGUGUUUGAGGACAGUGCUAAGAGGACCUCCAAUUGUGUUGCUGUUACAAAUGGAGAUGCCGGAAAAAUUCAGCCUAGGAGCACAUCCCGGGAGAGCGCUCGUCGUGGCCCUCUUAAGCAAAACAACCUGAAGCAGAAUACACUACCUGCAGCUUGUAGAGAGGCAGAUCCAGGAUAUAUGGUCCAAAGAAAUAAACAUAGAAGUGGGGAGCAAAAUGCGGCAAACACAGCUCACGACUUUGUUUCUCUGAACAAAAAGAUGAGUGGCAGUAAAUCUUUGAGGUCAAAAAGGAAGGAGUUGGAUAGAUUUAGUCAGUCACAUACUAAUGCAGAGAACAAGAACAUGACCAUAAAAGGUCGUCAAAGCAGCAGCAUGCAUAGUGAUUCCUCUAACAAACUGAAGGUAAAGACUGUAACUGUAAUGCCAAAAGCUAUGGGGAAAGACAAAAUAAUUGCAAAAGGAGCAGGAUUGGUCAGUGAGAAGCCGAAGUUUGCCAGUCAAAACUGUGCAAGGAAUGAUUUCCAGAGACAGUCAGUUCCAUGCAAUGUUUCAAGGGGUAACAAGAAAUCAGGCAUUAUUUCUUCCAAUUUCAGCUCACCAGUGAAAGUUGAUGCUACUUCUUUGUGUGGUGACAAUUCUACAAGAAUGGGUACCGCUGUUCAGGUAUCUCCAGUCAGUGCUUGCCCUAAGAGACACUCUCGUAGAGACUGGCAAAAUACAUCUCCUCAAAGAGGAUUAGUUUCCAGGGAAGUAUUACAAGGCAUAUCAAGUCUGGAGGCCACAGAAUCAGUUUUCUUUAACCAAGAUGAGUUGAAAAAUAGAGAUAUUCCUGGUGGUAGAACAGCCUCUUCUUUGUUUGAAAAUAAGUGGGCUGUACGUGUUACAGAAGAAUCAUUGAGUGAUGCGCUGCUAUGGCAGCGCAACUCAGUGGAUACUGUGACUUAUGGCUUCAGAGACAAUUCUAAACGGGUCCAGAUGUGUGAAACUCGUAAGAAGCAUGAGGCUGAUGCAAAAGGUUGCGGUCCAUCUCCAUCUAUAUCCAGAGGCAGCAAGAAGAAAACCCAUACAUCUAUUCAGCAAUCUACAUCCGUGGAUGAUGCCUUCAUUCCAUGUAUUCCCCUCAAAACUGCAGAAGCUGCCUUCACCGACUGCCAUCCAACAGACACAUGUACACCGGCUGCUAGCAUGCAAGAUGCAACUACCGAGAGCAACCCCAGGUGUUCCGAACCCAGCUUUGGCCACCACGGUGCUGAACCGUUCGAGCCGGAAUUCCAAGACAGCAAGCUGAAACACCCUGAAGAGGUUACAACAACGGUCGAGCUGCUGCUAACAAACGUCCGCUCUUCUACUCGAGAUAAAUCGAAGGAGCCGUCCAAGACGUUCCUCCUCCGGACAAUUGAGUCCGCUCUGUCCACCUUGACGCCGGGCUCCAAGCAGGAUCCCAACAGCACCAUAAAGGAGGCCAAGGAAGCGAGCUCGCUAAGGAACCUCGCGCUCGAUCUCGUCUGGGACUGCCUUGACUCGAUGUGCACCCAGCUCUGCGACUCGGGUUACAGGUCGUUCACGAAGCUGGGCCUGGUCUGCACCGAGGAGAGGCUGGCUGCAGAGGUCGGGAAGGAGGUCGCCACGUGCGGCGACAUGGCUGGGUGGGGUUUGGACGAACUGGCUGUGAGCGAAGUGGAGAACGCGGUUGAGGCUGGCAUGAAUUCGAUGCUGGAAGCGUUUCAGAUCGGAGCCCAGAUAGAGCAGGAUCUGGUCCAGGAGCUUGUGGACGAGAUGGGGCUUGACUUGUUCAGGCGUUGGUGACUUCAUAAUACAUGAUUGAUAUUUCCUUAGUUAA